ACGAUUUAAUUAUCACUAGUAACUCCAGGGAAAUGGUAGGUAAAUUCAAGCACGCUAUUUCGAGGGAAUUUAGCAUGAAAGACUUGAAGGAGCUUGAUUGGAUACUUGGUAUGGCAAUCAAACGUGAUCGAGGAAAGAGAGUUAUGGAAAUCUCUCAAACAGCCUAUAUCGAUAUGAUGCUGGCGAAAUUUAGAAUGGCUGACUGCAAACCGGUCCUAACGCCCAUGGAAGGGACUCUGACAAAAAUGGAUGGCAAGGACGUCAAACCAGAUAAUGAAUACAUGAAGCUAGUGGGUAGCUUAUUGUAUGCAGCACUGGUCACGCGUCCAGACAUCGCAUUUGCGGUGCAGUCGUUGGGGAAACACUUGCAAGGAUCUAAUGAGGAGCAUUGGAUCGCUGCAAAGCGUGUAUUGAGAUACCUGAAGGGUACUCGUGAGGUUGGACUCAAAUACACAGGUAAUUCUACGGGAUCGUUUACCCUGGUGGGAUACGCGGACGCGGAUUACGCUGG